CGCGAGAACAGUCACCAUGGCAACGCAACCACGCAACCGACGCUUUUCGGCCACCGUUGGUCAGGAUCGUGUUGUGCCUGCUGUGUGCUGUGGCCGUUCAAGCGUUCAAGGUACGCAACGAACUGGAGAUAGCUCUUUAGAUGGAUUCUUGAGUGGACUGGAAGAUUUUCUGCCGAUCGAUAUCUUUAAGGACGUUUUGUGGUCGAACGCACGGCGAGCUCGUUAUAGCUCUGCCGGCGAAUAAGAAGUCUCUCGACCGUAGCGUCUGGCUGAUGGUGCAAACGAGCGUCUCAUCAAAAGGCCACACAGAAUUCCGAGGAUUAAGCAUACAGCACCGAAGAUGACUGAAGUGAAGGCUCGCUUUCCAGAGGUUACCUUUGAGCAAGUUCAGGAUGUCUUAAAACAUCAUGGCGAGAAAGGAUCCGUGAUUGAUGUCCGUGAGCCCCAGGAGCUCAUCGAUGAUGGCAGAGUCAAAGGCUUUAUCAACAUUCCUUUGAAAGAUGUGAAGGUAGCAUUUGUGAUGAACCCUAAAGAUUUCAAGCAACGUUACCAUGUUGAGAAGCCUGACCAGACAAAAGAUGUCAUCUUUAGCUGCCGCUCCGGAAGAAGAGCACUGAUUGCUGCAGAGAAGCUAGAGGAACUGGACACCUAUCACAAAAUCAAAGUGUACACUGGGAGCUUUCAAGACUGGUUUUUACACAAUGGUGAGUUCACUCAAGGACCUGAAAAGAACCCUGAGCCCACUGGUGAUGCGAAGGAAAAGGAGAAAAAAGAGGAAAAGGAAAGUGGUGACGCAGAAGAAGAGGGAGAUGGAGGUGCAGAUGAUUAGUUGCAUAAUAAAUGCUGCUUACUCCAUGUGAA